AGUGAUCCCGCCCACGCUUGAAGGAAUGAAGACUUCUGCUUACCUGUCAGCUCCAGUCAGUGCUAAAUUCAUGUGAACUGGUUAUUUGUUAGUCGGACCCCUGUCCUGACAGGCGGGAGUAUCUUGAGCUGUUUGUGGUAUUUGUUUAAGCAUGGACAGCGAGGGGAGAAAAGUGGUGGUCUGUGACAAUGGGACAGGGUUUGUCAAAUGUGGCUUCGCCGGAUCCAACUUCCCCGACCACAUCUUCCCCGCCAUGGUGGGUCGACCAAUCAUACGAUCCAGCACUAAAGUGGGCAACAUUGAGAUAAAGGACCUGAUGGUGGGUGAUGAGGCCAGCGAGUGCCGCUCCAUGCUGGAGGUGUCCUACCCCAUGGAGAACGGCAUGGUGCGCUGUUGGGACGACAUGCUCCACCUGUGGGACUACACCUUUGGUCCCGACCGACUGAACAUCAACCCAGCAGAGUGCAAGAUCUUGCUGACUGAGCCCCCCAUGAACCCCAACAAGAACCGGGAGAAGAUUACAGAAGUCAUGUUCGAGAAGUACCAGUUUCAUGGCAUUUAUGUGGCGAUUCAGGCUGUGCUCACUCUCUAUGCUCAGGGUUUGCUGACCGGUGUGGUCGUCGACUCAGGGGAUGGCGUCACCCACAUCUGUCCGGUGUAUGAGGGUUUUUCUUUACCUCACCUCACACGCAGGCUUGACAUCGCAGGACGUGACAUCACACGCUACCUCAUCAAGCUCCUCCUUCUCCGUGGUUACGCCUUCAACCACACGGCCGACUUUGAGACUGUGCGGAUGCUGAAGGAGAAACUGUGCUAUGUGGGCUACAACAUCGAGCAGGAGCAGCGCCUGGCCACAGAGACCACCUACCUGGUGGAGUCAUACAUGCUCCCCGAUGGUCGGCAGGUGAUGGUGGGUGGAGAGAGGUUCGGGGCCCCUGAAGCUCUCUUCCAGCCUCAUCUCAUCAACGUGGAGGGAGCGGGAGUCGCUGAGCUGCUGUUUAACACCAUCCAGGCUGCAGACAUCGACCUCAGGGCAGACUUCUAUAAGCACAUCGUUCUAUCAGGAGGGACCACCAUGUACCCCGGCCUUCCAUCCAGACUAGAAAGAGAGAUCAAGCAGCUCUACCUGGAGAGAGUGCUGGAUGGAGACACUCAGAAACUAUCUAAGUUUAAGAUCCGCAUCGAGGACCCUCCCAGGCGUAAACACAUGGUGUUCCUGGGUGGUGCUGUGCUGGCCAACAUCAUGAAAGACAAAGACACCUUCUGGCUGAGCAAGGCCGAGUACGAGGAAAAGGGGCUGGGAGUGCUGCAAAAACUGGGAGGUGGAGUCAGAUAAAAAUAAAAGUAAUAAAACAGAGAAAGAUAUCACCCAAACAUUAAAUUUUUUAUAUCUCACCUGUCAUAGCCUGGCAUGCAACUAUUUUCUGACUUUUUUUUUUAAACAAUCAGUGAGUGGAGGUGUUUUAUUUUUUAUUAUUUUACAGUAAAAUUGUUUGGGACACACUGAACAGACACAGUAUAUGGAUGUCUGAAACUUCUUUAAACUUUAAAAUACACUGUGGCUACUAAAUAAGCAAUUUGUUGUUUGUCAUUUAAAUUGGAUCUCAUUUCAACCUGCUCACGGGGGGAUAUGGUGCCCAUAUCUAACCCCAUAUUGUGCCCUUAAUGGCAAACUUCUGUUGAUAUAUGCUGGGAAAUAUCAACUGACUGAUGCAGAAGAUUUGAAAGGUGAUCCGAGUAUUUAGCCAAGGUGGAAUUGUUGACCUGGACCAUAGUUUCCACUUGGUUUGUUAGUGUUCGAUGUUUUGUAACGACUGUUGUCCGAGACACCUGAGGUCUGGAACGACAGUCAUUGGGGACACCUGAGGCCUGGAACGACAGUCGUUGGGGACACCUGAGGCCUGGAACGACAGUCGUUCAGGACACCUGGGGCCUGGAACGACAGUCGUUAGGGACACCUGAGCUCUGGUGUGCUAAUUGUUAUUUCUCAAUAUAUUUUAAAGAUUUUUAUUCUGCAUAUGAGGAUUUUUAACAGUAUCAUCUUUCUAAGAAGCUUUUAAAUAGAUCCACUGCUAUUUUAAAAUUAAAGUCUGUCAACAUCAUAGACACCAUUACACCCUGAAUAAACAGAAGCAGGGGUAACAUGAAGUUAUUUGCUGCCCUCUGGUGGUUCAGUUUGUCCAAGACCUCAAAUCUGCAACACAAAACUGUAUGAAACAACAUAGUGAACAGAUAUUGCAAUCUUUUUUAUUGCGAUACUGAGUUACCUGACAAAAUACAGUAAUGUGUUUUUACACUGAAAAGAAAUAGUGAGCUCUCACAAUGAACACAUGCUUCACGCACGCACACGCACACAUACACGCACACCACAUCCGCAGAACUGUCACGUUAAAUGAAAAAGCAUGCAAUAAUGUUCAAAACACGUCAUCGUUCUCAAAACGAACCUCCUCGGGCCGAUUAAAAACUCCAGAUAUGUUGAAAAUCCAUACUUAGGUUUGAUAUCUACCCAACAAAUUGAACAAUUAAAAGUUAGUUGUUGUUUUUUUUAAAUACACAACAUGAUAAUUGGUAAUGACACUGAGUUGAACAGUCAGUUGAUGGUGAUGACUUGCAGCAGGAGUCACCAGAAGCUGGUGACUUUUUAUUUUUUACAUUUACAUUCUACCAGUCACCGUGAGGUCCUGGUUUUAUUGGUAUGACUUCCCUGUCGUUCCAGGUCGUGACGCGGUGUUGUUGUUGUUUUUUUUACAGUACGGCCAAGAGAAACAGUAGUAACUGAAAAGCAGUUGAAUUGAAACGUGAAAUGAAUGCAGUUGUGAAGGGAUUAAAGUCUGACUGGGGGAAAAAAAAAAGAUUUUAAUACAUUCGCAAGUCUGUUUAAAUCUGUUGCAGGUUGUCUCGGUGUGUCGGGUUUUAAAAACAGAAAGCUGAUGCUUCUCUAUCACUUCACUCCUACUCGCUCAUUACUCCACCUGCCAAAAACACUUAA